AUCUAUAAAUACAUAUCUCUUGUUAAACCCUAACAUCACUCUUUUUGUCUUUGAAUAUCACAAUUCACAACUCAAACUCUUCCAAGAAAACAAGAAUAUCAUAUUCACAUCUCAACAUCACAAAAGUCUAGUCUUUGAAGAUCGUCUCCACCGUUAAGAAUGGGCCGCGCAAAAAUACCUAUGAAAUACAUACAAAGUGCAAAAUCUCGCAAAAUAACUUUCAAACAAAGAAAGCAAGGAUUAGAAAAGAAAAUUUCUGAAUUUUGUAAGAAGUCUGGGGCAAAGGCUUGCUUUAUUGUGUAUGAUGGUGAUCAUAAUACUGUUGAACCAAUGACAUGGCCAGAAGACCUUAUAAGUGUAAACUCCUUGCUUCAAGAGUAUCAAAAUCAAAAGAUUGAGAAAACUCCUAAGAUAUUUGAUGUCAAGGACUACUUUGAAAAUAAGAAAGAAAAGGUUGAAACAAAGAUUAACAAAGUGCGCAGAGAUAUCAUCAGUAACAUCUAUCCAACUUGGCAUCCACAUUUUAGUAACUUGGAUGGGAAUCAACUCAGAGACUUCAUUGCUACUAUAAAUGCUAAGAUUCAAGCUUGCAAUCACAAAAUCAGCAUGUUGAAAAAUAUGCAACAAAUUGAAACUAACACCUUGGAUAUAUGUGAGAUGAUUGAUUUUUCUGAUCUUGGUGAUUUUCCUCCUAGUUCACCAUUAAACCAACUUAAUGGGCUUGUGGAGAUGAAUGACCAAGUAGUUAAUCCUGAUUAUACAAGUGAGAUUGUGGAUUUCACAAGUCUUGGUGAUUUGCCUCCUAAUUCAUCAUCAAACCAACUUAGUCAACAUGUUAAUCUUAAUGACUGGAAUCAACUAGAUGAUGGUGUUUUGUGCUGGGAUUGUCAACCUGAUGAGUUUGUUUGGAAAGAUCUUUCUUUUUAAUCUCAAAAAGAAGAGGGUGGUGCAAGUUUUGAUGGUUUGAAACUAGCUUCUUGUUUGUAUUUUGUUCUGACUAUGUCUAGAGAAAUUGCAUUUAUAUUGACUUGAGUUUAAGUUUUCUA